AUGUCUCAAAACAACGAUACCAUGAGCGCCAGAGCCACCGGAGUCAGAAAGAAUGAAAGUGCGGUGCUUCUGUCGGAUUUCGAGUCAGAUACAGAUGCCAUUGAGAUCACUACUGGCCAGCCCUUGCUUCGGCGCUCGCUGUCUUUGUUCUCACUCAGCGACAAGGAGAACAUCCCCAAGCCCGAUGACACUGAGUACCAACAGUUCAUUGCCGACAACAGGCACUUCUCAAUGAUCCGUAACUUACACAUGGCCGACUUCAUCACGUUGCUCAAUGGGUUUUCCGGAUUCUACGCUAUUCUUUCGUGUUGUCGCUAUUGUCUUUCUGGCGAUUUGGGCUACAUCAUGCGUGCUGAAUUCUUCAUCUUAUUGGGUGUUUUUGCCGAUUUCUUUGACGGUAGAGUAGCUCGCUUGCGUAAUAAGUCGUCAUUGAUGGGCCAAGAAUUGGACUCAUUGGCUGACUUGGUCUCGUUUGGCGUCGCGCCUGCUACUAUUGCCUUCUGCAUUGGCUUCCGUACUACCGUUGAUACCUUAUUGUUGACAUACUGGGUGUUAUGUGGGUUGACUCGUUUGGCUAGAUUUAACAUCUCCACUGACAAAAUUCCUAAAGAUCAACGUGGUAAGUCACAGUACUUUGAGGGUAUGCCUAUUCCUCUGAACUUGAUUUGGGUUGCAGUGUUUGCCUUCCUUGUUUCGAAGCUGUGGGUGGGCGUUGCCUUACCUUUCGGCACUGCUUUCACGGGCACUCCUUUUGAAUUCCACCUCUUCUCCUUGAUCUUUUUCUUGCAAGGGAGUGCUCAAAUCUCGAAGCUGUUGCAUGUCCCCAAGCCUUAA